AUGGGCAUGUUCUCUAGAAAAGUCCCCAAGGAGCAGAGCAGUGGCCUCCCCACGUCUGUCUUUGCCCAGCGCUUCCAGCUCUGGGCCCUAGGACUCUUCUCUACUGAGCGCCACUUGGCCAAGCGCCUCAAGAACAACAGCUUCUACCCCUUCAAGCAGCAGCAGCCGGAUGUCUUUGUGCUCGAGUACUACCUGGACACGCUCUGGAAGGGGACGCUACUCUUUAUCGUCUGCCUUUUCUUGAUCUGCUGUGAUGUCCUCAGGCAGGUGGAGAAGCAGGAGACCUGGUGCUUUCCUGCCUAUGGCAUGGCUAUAGGCCUGUGGCUCAUGGUUUCCUCAAUUCCCAGGCGCCGCCUAGUGCUGAACCACUCUCGUGGCAUGUACCAUUUCUCUAUCCAAGGCCGAACUGUAUGUCAAGGGCCAAUGCAUCUGGUCUACGUGCGCCUGGCACUCAGCUCUGAUGCCUAUGGCAGGUGCUUCUUCCAGCUGGUCCUUUGUGGCCACAAGCUAGAGCCACUUGUGCUGGUGCAGCUGUCAGAGCGAUAUGAGCAAAUGGAAUUCCUGGGCCGGCACAUUGCCCGGAAACUCAACAUCAACUACUUUGACUACUUGGCCUCCUCCUAUCGUCAUGUGGUCCGCCACUGGCCACUGGGGGCCACCUUUAGCCCUGGUAUUGUGCAGCGAAAAACACAAAUCUACACUAAGUCAAGUGUCACUGACCUGGAUGUUUAACCCUUGGGUCUGAACCCUAGCCUCCUUUUCCCUCUACUGUCCUAUAUCCCCAUCAUGG